AUGUCGGUCGCCGUGCAGACUCUCGUUCAGCCUGAUAUCCAAUAUCACCCAGACUACGAAAAGUAUACGGCGCGAAAGGCGCGCAGACAGGCUACCGAGCAGCUUUCCAAGACCCUACCUGAUGGGUUUCCGCAGAAAUUAGACUCACCCCUGGUUUGGGAGGGAAAGGACGUCGAGAAGCGGGAUGACUGGAUCUACAGGUUGAAUGAUGCGCACAGGGAGGAAAUUGAUGCGGCGCUGAAGAGCUUUCAGGCCCAGAAUUUGAGCCUGGGAAAUAUUAACCAGGACACAUUCCCUUUGCCCACCCUUCGUCCAACCCUGCGAUCACUCUCGAAUGAAAUUCAUAACGGCCGGGGAUUCUUCGUCCUCCGCGGACUCGAUAUCGAUCGCUACACCCGUGAAGAAAAUAUCAUCAUCUAUGCAGGUGUCUCAUCACACAUCGGGAAUAUCCGCGGCCGCCAGGAAGACAGACGGUAUACGCCAGGCGGUGGCUCGGUGGUCCUGUCGCAUAUCAAGGAUUUGACGCGCACGAGUGCAGCUAAUGCGAUCGGCGCACCGUCCAACACGGCAGAUAAACAAGUGUUCCACACAGAUUCCGGCGAUAUCAUUUCCCUCCUCUGUCUCCACCCCGCAGCCGAAGGAGGCGAAAGCCAAAUUUCGAGCAGUUGGUUGGUGUAUAACAUUCUCGCCAAAGAGAGGCCGGAUUUGAUCCGUACGUUGUCGGAGCCAUGGCCGGUCGAUGGAUUCAAUGACCCCGAAAAGCCCUAUACCACUCGCCCCCUUCUUUACCACCAGAAGGCAACCGACACCACCCCCGAACGCGUUCUGAUCCAAUACGCUCGUCGAUAUUUCACCGGAUUCCUUGCUCAACCACGGUCGACCAAUAUUCCCCCGAUCUCUGAGGCCCAGGCCGAGGCGCUUGACGCGCUUCACUUUCUAGCCGAGGAACACAGCGCCGCAUUGGAUUUCCAAAAGGGCGACGUCCAGUAUAUUAACAACCUGAGUAUUUUCCACGCGCGGAAGGGAUUCCGGGACGAGCCUGACAAGGAACGCCAUCUUCUGCGACUUUGGCUGCGCGAUCCCGAGAACGCGUGGGCGACACCGGAGCCUCUGCGAGAACGCUGGGAAAACGUAUAUGGGAACGUCAAGGUGGAGGAACAGAUUUUCCCUCUGGAGCCUAAAUUGCGAAAGACCGUGGGUAGGGUUUGCCUUGGCACCCAUGGUUUUGGCUCCGUUUUCGGAGCUCAAUGGAAGACGGCCGAUUUUCGUUGUUAG